AUGGCGAUCAAGCACAACAACGUUAUCCCCAACACUCACUUCCACAAGGACUGGCAACGUCGUGUCCGCGUGCACUUCGACCAGCCCGGUCGCAAGCACCGCCGUCGUCAAGCCCGUUUGUCCAAGGCCGCUGCUGUUGCUCCUCGCCCAGUCGACAAGCUCCGUCCUGUUGUGCGAUGCCCUACCAUCAAAUACAACCGCCGCUCUAGGGCCGGCCGCGGUUUCACCCUCCAGGAGUUGAAGGAGGCUGGCAUCCCCCGCAAGCUCGCCCCCACAAUCGGCAUCUCCGUUGACGCUCGCCGCAAGAACGUCUCCCAAGAAUCCCUUGCCGCCAACGUUGCCCGUCUCCAGGAGUACAAGAGCCGCUUGAUCCUCUUCCCCCGCAAGAGCGGCCAAUACAAGAAGCUCGACGCCUCCGCCGAGGACGUUGCUGCCGCUACCAAGGCUUUCGCCGCCGAGGGCAAGGUUGAAGGAUACACCACCCGUGUCUCAUCCAGCAUCCCCGUCAAGAACAUCAGUGCCGCCGAGGCUGUUACCGAAAUCAGCCGAUCUGACCUCCCCGAGGGUGAGAAGGCUGCCUACCGACGAUUGCGUGAGGCUCGCAGCGAGGCUCGCUACCUCGGUGCUCGUGAGAAGAGAGCCAAGGAUAAGGCCGAGGCCGACGAAGCUGCUAAGAAAUAG